AUGAGUUCAAUGAUGUCUUCAGUGUGUUCCAAGUUCAAAAAGAUUAAGUACAAGGGAAAGAAAGGUGAGGAAAAAUGGAUUAAGAUAAUUAUUCUGGAAUCAAUGAAGCUAAGUGCCAAUUGUUGUUUUCAAAUGGAUCAUGUAUGAAAAAGUACAAUUUUGUAAUUCUUUCAGUCUGUUGAUCGAGAUCUAAAAGUUAUGCAAAAAAAAUAUAUGUUGUCAGAUGAACAAUAUGUGAAUUUUGAGGGCAGGAACAGGUAGAGAUAUUUCUGACUGCUAGAAGUUCGUUAUUAAAUAAUCGAGUAAAUAAUCCACCUAAGCGAAGAUUCAGGAAGAUUAGCUUUCCAAUAUAAUAAAAAACUAUCACAUUUACAACGAAGCCAUUUUAGGGAAUAAAUGACUAACCUUUUUGCAAACAUAAUGUCUAAGUUUUGAGCACGAUUUUUGAUCCUUUAUAUUUACGCUAUGAUUCCGUCUAGUCAAGACUCGUUUUCCCAUUUUUCGUUUACAGAGAGUAAAAAAGUGAAAUUCAAAAGGAGAGAUUCGAAGAACCUGGAAAAAGGUGCGAUAACUGUAGUUAUUGACCAAAACCAGAAUAGAAAACCAAAAGAAAGGCGAGGGAGGUUACGAUUCAAGGGCAGAAAAUACAAGAAAACGGAUGGCUUCUAUUUCAGUUACAACGAUGGAAGUGAGUCAUCGCUUCAAGAAACCAAUGGAUUCAUGAAAUCAUCGGCGGCAGAAUUAGCUUUGUCCCUUGAGAAGAUUAAGUUGGAUUUACAGAAAAAGAAUGUAAAGUUCAAGUUACAGGACGUUCGUCAGGCAAAAUACGACCGAGAGGUACAAGAAAUUUACUCGACAAGAAGCUCUACUGUCGUGCAGGCAGAUUUCAAGGAAGAGGGAGGCGUCAAUAAAAAGUUUGCAGAAGAAACAGAUGCAAACGAUCCUUGGUCAGAAGAGCGUAAAAGCAAGAACGAAGAGCGUAUAUACACGCAUGAGGAGCUAGAGAACAGCCCAGAUAAGGAGUGGUCUUUUGACGUAAGCGAGACUCAAUCGCUGGAGGCAGAAUCACAGUCAUCUGGGGACAUGAUAGAAGAAAACAAGAACACAGAUGUCGAGGGUUCUUUUGAAAGGCCAAAGAAGAAUGUAACACCUAAGCUUGAAGAAAAUUUCUCAUUCAGCCGAGAAGAAGAUAGUCUUUUUUUAUCAUCCAAAGAAUCUGAGUGUAUCUUGAACGAACAAGAGGUAGUUCGCGAUGAAGAGAGGGAGGAUGCUGCAAAAUCAACAGAAAGUUCCACGGGUACUGAAGAUAUCACCGGAGAGAAGGAAGAAACAGGCAUUGACACACUUAACGACGAAGAUGUGGGAGAACCUUUAAGGUCGGCAAACAAGGAAAGAUAUAAUCUGCAGCGAAACUGUUCUCCACGCAGAAAAACGCAAAGCGACCUUUCCAUGAAUCAAGGACUUAAGUCAGUAGAGGACCCGGCGCGGCAGCCAGGGGAACAGCUAAUGGAGAGGCAAAAAGAGCUGCAACAAGAUGAUGCUGUGAAUGGCGAAAAAUUGGUGGAACAAGAAGUCGGUGAAAAAACAGAAAGCGUCCUAACGAUAACUGAAAAAGAUACCUUUGAAAAGACUGGUCAAGCUGCUAUGUUAGAAUCCCUGCACAAUUUCAAAGUAGCGUUGGAAGAUUUCAAGGUAAAUCAGUCGCGCAGGAAAAUUUUUUGUGAUAAGUUUGAGAAGCCCACCAGCAGGCAAGCAGACGUGGAAGAGCCGUGCAAGGAAGGGAAGGUUCCGAUGCAAGAUCAUUUACAAGGAAAACAAGUACAAAAGAAAGCUCCACAGGGUCAUGAAGAGAGAGCUGCGCAUCUAAGCAAAAUGCAGGAUCAUAAUCACAACGAUGACUCUUCAAUUGGAGGUCAGUCGGUGCUUCAAGCAACCGGUGAGAAUGAAGUGCCCAGCCUUGACAAGUCCAAGAGCGAAGAUUCUAACCUUGAAGAGUCUGUUAAAUCCAGCCCUGAAUAUGGAGAAAGGCUAAAACAGAAAGAGGCAUCGUUAAUGAGCUCCAUGAUCAGACGGUUUUGUUGUUGUCUUCAAUAUUAGAUAGCGGGGUCAUGUUAUGUUUCUGCAACAAAAAUCCACUGGUAUAGAUAUUUCGCUGUUUAAUCUAGAAUACGCAUCCCUAAUCGAGACCGCAGAAUAUAAUGUAAUGCGUUACAGAGGCGAAAGUAAAAGUUUUCAGUUUCAGGGCUUUCAGAUUGUUUUGAUCAGCAGGUAUAUAAAGUUGCUAGCUUUCUUUCUCUUUUUUUUUUAAUACGAGGCACUGGCUUUUUUCUAAUAUUCUAUGCCAUUUAAAACGAUGUUGGUUGGCUGGUUGUAAAGACGAAGUAUAAAUCCCAACUGAAAGACGUCUUAGAAAGAAUAUUCAGUUUCGGCUUUCCUCCAGGGACGUUGAUGUUUCACCAAUUAUAGAUACUAUGAAAAACGAGUAUACAUUUUAAGUCUUAUGGAGCUGAAAAUUGUGUAAGUGUAGAAGUGUUUUGUAGUUUUCAUGAUUUUGCAUUGAACUCUCGAAGUCAAGAGUCAUUUUCGAAGUUUAGAUAACUCCCCAUAUGUAUUUUAGAAGUUUUCAAGUUUAAACGUCUACAUAACGGAUAUUUUGAAGCUUUAUCGUAGUUUGUUGCGAUAGACAUACUUGGGUGUACUUUCUAAACCUUUUUUUUAAUUUUGAGACCUCAAUGUAAGGUAACGGGCUUCCAAAAAGCCUUGUCUUUCUCAUGGUAAUGGGUUCAAACUUGUGUACUCGGAAGUUGGGUGUUUUAGUUAGUGCAGAGCUCGUAUUAAGCACGCAUCCGUUGUUGUCAAACAGACUAAACGGCUUAGCUGUUACUAGACCGUCUAGUUCGGAGAGUCAGCCUGAUUUUAAUCAAGGCAAGAACAUGUAGAUAGAGAUUUGGACCCUGUUUGCUCAGUACACAGAACUGUGCUCGAGCUUUUAAGUUUUAAUAUAAAAUUGGCGGAGACUUUGCUGUUAUUUUUUAGGAUGAAUCAGUGACGUAAUCUUUAUAAACGGUAAAAUAGGGAAUUUUUGCACUUUAAUAGCGCUUAAGAAUGGGACUGACUGUAACAUAUAGCUUAGCUAUAUUUCAGUUUUACAGAUUAAAGCUGAGUUGGACCAAUAUUCAGUAUGUUACUGUCUCCGUGUCUGAAAAUUGUUUCCUAUAGCGGACUCUUCCACAGAAUUUUUCAAGUUUUGAUAAAGACCAGUUAACGAAUAUUCAUAGUCACUGCUUGAAAUUAGAGACCGUCUUCAAAUUAGGAAAUUAUUAACACCAGUUUUGAAGGUGAUACGUUAAAAGCGUGAGAAGAUAUUGCUCCACAGUAAUGUUUGUAUGGCGGGGGCACGAACUUGUCCCUUCCAUACAAACGUUGUAAAAUUCGGUGACGUUGCGUUAGUUUUGAACAAAUCACAUUGAAACUUGGCAUCUUUACUAACGUUUAGACGUUCUUUUUAGCUGUAUUGACGGAUUUUCGCUAACUGAUGCCAGUCAAAUUUGAAAAAACCGUGGAAGGGUCUUUUGAUCACCGCCUUUCCAAUAGUAACGUCAAAAAGUACUGCUGUGUUGCUUUUUCGAAGAUUAUUACUAACUUUUGUAGCCUUUGAUGUGUGAAAGAAAUCCCUCCGGGGUGGGAUGGGGGGUGAGAUCAUCCUUUUACUGAACCUUAACCGAUACUGCAUCCCUCGGGUGGUGGAAGACCAUCUCGGCCGGAAAAACUAUGGCGCAUUUACUUAAGUAUCGACCAGUCUAGGCGGUUUACUACCUUAAACUGAAUAGCGACUAUAUGAUGCUAGAUUAUUCUUAAUGCGCGCUGGGCAGAAGCUCGAAAGACCUCUAUUGUGGAAACUGUGCAUCAAAGUCAAACUUAGGAUUAGCCUCUGAACUACAAAGUCCGUCAGUUGCUAACAAAUAUCACAGUGUAUUAACAAUGGACCAAAUGACCUCCUGGAAAAUUAAGGUGGGUUGGGGGGGGGGGGGGGUGAGCCGUGAUUCCCAAAACCUUUACCCUAUUCAAAUAAAGUAUACGAAUUUUCCUUUCCCAAAAUAUAUGCACACAAAAAUAAACUGAAUAAAAAGAAGAACUAAUCCCAGACCCUGGUUAUACAAAGCACAUAACAUGAAAUAAUCAGUCGGAAGAUGAAAAGAACAAUUCGAUGAAUAAUUUGUAAAAUGAUCUUCAUGCAUGAUUUUGCAACCACAGCCGGUCAACUUUAUAGCCUUGUUAGGGCUGUUUACUGAGCUAGUUUUCUUGUAACACAUACAUUAUCUGAUUUAGCUGAAGAAGAACUGUGGGCAGAUAAGGGAAGAGAAACGAAAUAGAAAGGAGAAGAUUACUGAAAAUAGAGGUUGCUUCCCUGUUCCAUUGACAGUUUAGAUAAGAGAACAAACUUAGUAGAACUGCCCUAAAAAGGCUAUAAGGUUUACCAGCUUUACACAAUAAAUUCUCUCUGACGCCUUUAAUUUGAUUUUGCAAUGCUAACGUACUUGUCAACGCCAACAUUUUUAUUAGAGCUCGGUUAAAAAUAAAUGAAAUAAAAGCCAUUUUGCAAUUUUUUCUUUUCAUCCUCCGACAGAUCCUUUUACGUCUUUAAUUAUGUCUUAUUCUCAUUAAUCUCUGAAAAUUUGCCCUCAAAGCAACCACCUGCGCCACUUUAUAUCUAACCUUCGUGCAAAUGUUUUUUUUAAAAUUUCCUUCCGGGUACAAUAAGGGUAGAACUGUCAUCUAUUAAUUAUAUUUUGUGUUCUAACCGUUUCUACUCUUUCAAAACUAGUCUAUCAAACACUUUGGCGUGAGCAUUCUAACCGUGAAAGCUUGUUAGUGGUUCUGUUCGCAUCAAUUUAUUUCAGAUGCAAAGAGUUUUUUUUGCAUUUUGGGAAUUUUCCGUGGAUUUUUUCCACUUAGUGAAGCAAAACAAUUAUAAUGUUGAGCAGCUUUCACAUCCAGAAUAUGCCCACCAUAACACGUUAGAUAACUCAAAUAAUUGAUAGAAUUAAUACCCACUUUUAACCGCCAAAACAAAUUAGUUACAGCAAAGGCGUGAUUCGUGCCUAUCGAUAUUUUUUUGACAAAAAGAGUUACCUAAGCUAAGUGCCAGCCUUCAGACCUGUCAAGUUAUCCAAAGUAGUUGAGCAACGACCUCAGUGCCGGCUCUCACCAGAGUCUUGCUAGUUUCGAUAGAACUACAAAAAUGGGGGAAAAGGAUAAAUUGAUAAUUUUUUAUUAGACGAAGUGCUAACUGGUGUUAUAAAAAGGGAUCAUACAAGACACGAAAAUGUUGUACGUAUAAAAUUAAAUUAAUUUCAGUCUCAUAAUUAAGAACUACAAAGUUGCGAAAAUACAAACAUCUUAGGCUUUUUAAAUAAUCGGGUGAAUUAUCCCUCACGUACGAAAGUGGAGGUCCCAGGAGACUAGCUUUCCAAAAUACUAACCAAUUAGUUAUUUACAACCAAGCUAUUCUCGUGGACAAUUACGUAAAGUGCAUCAACCAUGAUUUUAUUUAUGCUACAUGGUAACAACAAUAAUUUAUGGUACCAGGCAUAACAAAAAGUGAAUUUAAGUUCAAGUUCAAUUGUAAUCAAUUAAUUAAAUUAAUUAAUUUACUUAUUUAUUAGUCGGGCAGCUAGUGGCAGCUGCGACUUUCAAUCAAUCAAUUAAUUUUUCAUUUGUAUAUUAAGAAAACCGACUCACUGAAGUAACUAAAGAGUUGAAGGUGGAAGAGAUCCAAAACAUACACUAAAUAUGUCGCUUAAUUAAGCGGUCUUUCUUUAUCUCAUACCACUGAGGCCAAAAUAGUGAAGAAAGAAACUCUGCCUGACCAAAUCCAGCCUGCAAAUUCAAAUUUACGACCCAAGCUUAAAGAGCCUAAGAAAUCCAGUUCAUAUGACGAAGAGCUGGGAGGAUUGCUCGAAUGUCCUCCAAAGCCAGCAGCCAAAUGUUUAACAUGAAUAAAAACUCCGGACGUAAAUUCAGCCUUUAUAUUUAACUCUGAUAGUUAAGAUGCUGAUUUAGAGAAGGUCAUUAGAGGGUUUGUUCAGUGCCUCUCUACACAGUCCACCUGAAGCCUGCUUGUUAUGUUGACAGGUAGUCUUAAGCUUAGCCAAAUUAAAGACACGUGCCAAUAAGCUCAAGGUGAAUUUAAACCAAUUCCACGCGAAGUAAUGUAAAAAAUCAAUGAUGCCAGAGCAAGGUGAAGGUAGGAAAUUUUAAGUGUUGCUUUUGUGACAUCAUAACUUAGUUUAUGACCCUUUUUCUCAUGAACAAUACGCACUCAAAUCAACCUUCAUAUUUAACUGUGGAUUUCACAAUGCCAUCGGUAGUACAUCUUUGUACUGUCCACUGCAAGGGACUUUCAGGCACUUGAUUCUAGUCGUGUAGAUUUAAGUCUUAGGUUACUUUGUGGCUUACCAACCUAUCAGCUUAAUAAGCUGCAAAGGAUGCAAAAUGUUACAGCUAGGACAAUAAAGUUAUCCAUAGCUUAGCUCCUUUGGGUAUUCAUUCAUUCAGAAACGUUUUUAUUUCCAAGAAGCCGUCAAAUACACUUAAGCCCCCGAUUGUGAUAGGCUGUUACUUAACUUACUGUACCCAUUACAAGAGAUUUUUCCUUUUCAGUUAAGCUGUUCCUCAACUAUAAAACACAUUUCCUUUUUGAUAAGAGGUAGCCCCUCUUGUAACAAUAGACAGAAAGCAUUACUGAGGACAUUCUUAUUCUAGAAAGUUUACUAAUUUAAUUUUUAUGGCAGCAAACGUCUUUAUUAGGGAAGACACCCAUAAUAGGUAAAAAAUAUGUUUGCGCGCAUGUUCUGCGCGCAAGCACGAAUGUACUUAACGAGGACCUGAUACUCUCUCGCUACAAAAAGUUCCUAUGCACAUGCAUUUUCCCUUAUAUUAGUAAAUAUUUUGAGUGAGGCGAACGAUUAAGCCACGUAACAACGUUUCAACGUUCAGAUAUACCACAAUAAAAAAGCGCCUUGUUCCUUCGCAGUAGGGUUAGAAUAAAACUAUCGUCUAUUUUCACUUCUUUUAGUAAAAUUUGAUCCAAAGUUUUCAGAUAGUUUGCCUAUUUCUUACUCUUGAAAAGACUGAAACGUUCCGCCAUUUUGAAGUCACAACCAAAACAACUCAACCUCGUCCCCGGGUCUACUAGGUUAAGGGUUUUAAUAAUCUACAACUUUGCUGCACUUUUGACAUCAUCAGGUCAAUACGACAAAAUUCUUCCAUAUUUGGUAGACAAUAACUGGUUACGAUGAAUCAUGCGUGUGAUUUUAGCCAAUCAGAAACGGAGAAAUGUUUUGAAUGAAUAAUAUAAGAUUUAUAAGCUGUUCAAUAUCUUCCACGUUUUCAGAAAAGUUAUGUAGUCAAGUAAUAUUAUUGGCCAUCAAAUAGCAUGUCAUCUUUAGAUAUUUCCGUUGAGUGCUAGUAGUCAGUUCUUAAAUAGUCCACCGAGGUUCAGGAAGACUAUUAGGGAAUAGGUAACUCUCUGGCCGGAAACGUAACAUGUACAACUUGACAAUCAACAGGUACAGGAGCAAGAAGAGCUGCAGGAAGAUUACGCUGUAAACGAUGGCAGUUCGUUAGAAGAACAAGUAGUCAGUCAAAAAGCAGAAAGCAGUGAAACAAUUACCGAAGAAGAUGCGUCUGUUAGAGUAAAUAACCGAGAGAUAACUAAUUUUGAUGAGCUGGGAAAAUCCACCUGUAAGAACAAAGACAUGGAAGAGCCAAUCAUAUCAAAGUACAAGGAAGACGAAAUUGCAAAGCAGGGUGAUUCUCAAGAGAAAGAAGUCCAAAAGAGAGCUCCAGUGAGUCAUGAAGAGAAAGUUGUGCAUCCCAACAAAAUGUUGUAUCAUGGUCGACAUGAUAGGAAUGAUGACCCUAAAAACAAAGAACAGACAGUGCUGAAAGAAACUGGAGAAAGUGAAAGGUCCAAGCCUGAAGUUUCUAUAAUUGAAGAGCCUCUGAAAUACAGCCCUGACAGUAAAGCAGGUUUACUCGAGUACCCUGAAAGGCACCAAGGGGCAGCGCAGGAGAAUGGUCAAGGCAGACAAGACAAAGAGGAAACUCCAUUGUGUGCUAAAGAAAAAGUUGUGCAUCUCGAAAAAAUGCAGCAUCGCCAACGACAAGACCAGCACGACGACUGUUUGAACAAAAAUCGAUUAUUGCUGCAAGAAACUGAAGGAAAAGAAGAAAUUAACCGUGAAGGGUCUGAGUUUGAAGGGAGUAAGCUUGACAAGGGCCUGGAAUGCAGUUCUGACUACAAGGAAAAGUCCAUCGAGCACCCUGUGAGGCAACAAGGUAAGAAGCAAAUAGAGGAGCAGCAAGAUGACGCUGUGAACGCUAAAUAUUUGGUGGAACAAGCAGUUAUUGAGAAAACAAAAAGCAGCGAAACGAUAACUGAAUUAGGUGCCGCUGUUAGCGUAAAUAACCCAGGGAUAACUAGUUCCGAUGAGUUAGCAAAAUUUACCGGUAACCAGACAGACAAGAGGGAGUCAAUUCUUCCCAAAUACACACAAGGAGAUGAUUCUCAAAGGAAACAAAUGCAAGAAAAGGCUUCAGAGAGUCGUGAAGAGAAAGUUGUGUAUCCCAACAAAAUAAAGUAUCAUGCAAACGUCGAAAAGUCAGCGCUGAAAGAAGCUGGUGAAAAUAAACACCCCAAAUCUGAAGUGGCUAACAUCAAAGAGUCUCUGAAAUCCAGCCCUGAUUACGAAGGCGGUUACCAAGAAGAUUAUCAAGUCAAGCGAAUUCAAGAGACAACGGUCGUGGAUCAUAAGGAGCAAGUUGUGCAUCCCAACGAAAUACAGAAUCAUGACCGCCAAAAUGACAGUACCAACGAAAAUCCUUCAGCGCUGCAAGAAACUGGCGAGCAGGAAGAACGUAAGGGUGAUAGUUCUGAGCGUAAGGAACAUUUUACAUGCAGCCAUGACUUCGAAGAAAGUUCACUCGAACAGCCUGAAAGGGAACAGGUACGGGACCGAAAAAAGCUGCGGGAAGGUAACACUGUUAACGGCGAGAUUUUGCUGGAGCAAACAGUCAGUGACACAACAGAAAAUUUGGAAACAAUAAUGGAAGAAGAUACCUCUGUGAGCCUAAACAACCAAGGGAAAACUAUUUCCGAUACUGGUGAUCAUUCUAAAGAAGAAGUACGAGAGAAAGCUUUCGUGGGUCAUGAAGAGAAAGUUGUUGAAGAAAUACAGGAUAAAGAUCGACAAGAUCAGUGCGAUGUCCUUACAAAGAAAGAUCUGUCGCCGUUGCUAGACACUGAUGAAAAUAAAGAGCCCAAGCUCAAGGCGUCUAAGAUUGAAGCGCCUCUGAAAUCCAGCCCUGACCACGACGAAAGCUUGCUCGAGUGUACUGAAAGGCCACAAGAAGACGUUGCAACGGAAGAUCAUUACCAAGUCAAACAAGAAAAAGAGAAAGGUCCUUUGAGUCACGAACAGAAAAAUGGGCAUCUCGACGAAAUGGAGGAUCGUGAUCGACAUGAUCAGCAGGUUGACCCUACAAACAGAGAGCCGUCACUGUUGCAAGAAACUGGUCAAAAUGAAGAGCCCAAGCCUGAAGUGACUAAGAUUAAAGAGCCUCUCAAAUCCAGCCCUGACUAUGAAGAAAGCCCACUCGAGUAUACUGAGCGGCAACAAGAGGAAGUUGCAACGGAAGGUGAUUCCCAGGAAAAACAAGUGCAAGAGAAAGGUCCAUUGAGUCAUGAAGAGAAAAAUGGGAAUUUCGACAAAAUUCAGUAUCGUAGUCGACAUCAUCAAAAUGUUGACCCUAAAAACAAAGAUCCGUCACUGUUCGAAGAAACUGGUCAAAAUGAAGAGCCGAGGCCCGAAGCGUCUAAGAUUGAAGAGCCUCUCAAAUCUAACCCUGACCAUGAAGAAAGCUCACUCGAGUAUACUGAGGGGCAACAAGAGGACGUUUCAACUGAAGAUGAUUCCCAAGAAGAACAAAUUAAAGAGAAAGGUCCAUUGAGUCAUGAAGAGCAAAAUGGAAAUUUCGACGAAAUGCCGGAUGGUGAUCGAUAUGAUGAGAAGAAUGCCACUACAAUCAAAGAGCCGUCAGUUUUAGAAGAAACUGAUCAAAAUGAAGAUUCCAAGCUUCAAGUGUCUAAGUUUGAAGAGCCCGUGAAAUCCACCCCUGACCACGAAGAAUGUUCAUUCAGGUUUACUGAGGGGCAACAAGAGAAAGUUGCAACGGAAGGUGAUUGCGAAGAAACACAAGUCAAUGAGAAAGGUCCAUUAAGUCAUGAACAGACAAUUGUGUAUUUCUACGAAAAGCAGUAUCGUGAUCGACACAAUCAGCAGCAUGACCCUACAAACAAAGAGCCGUCAGUGUUGGACAGAACUGGUCAAAGUGAAAAGCCAAAGCCUGAAAUGUCUAAGAUUGAAGAGCCUCUCAAAUCCAGUCCUGACUAUAAAGAAAGCUCACUCGACUAUACUGAGCGGCAACAAGAGGAAGCUGCAACGGAAGGUGAUUCCCAACAAAAACAAGUCGAAGAGAAAGGUCCAUUGACUCAGGAAGAGAAAAAUGGGCAUCUCGACGAAAUGCAGUAUCGUGGUCGACAAGAUCAGCAAGUUGACCCUACAAACAAAGAACCGUCACUGUUGCAAGAAACUGGUCAAAAUGAAGAGCCAAGGCCUGAAGUGUCUAAGAUUGAAGAGCCUCUCAAAUCCAGCCCUGACCAUGAAGAAAGCUCACUAGAGUAUACUGAGGGGCAACAAGAGGACGUUUCAACCGAAGGUGAUUCCCAAGAAAAACAAGUUGAAGAGAAAGGUCCAUUGAGUCAUGAAGAGAAAAAUGGAAAUCUCGACGAGAUGCAGGAUCGUGAUCGACAUGAUCAGCAGGUUGACCCUACAAUUAAAGACCUGUCAGUGUUCGAAGAAACUGGUAAAGAUAAAGAGCCGAAGCCUGAAGUGCCUAAGAUUAAAGAGCUUCUCAAAUCCAGCCCUGACCGUGAAGAAAGCUUACUCGAGUAUACUGAGGGGCAACAAGAGGAAGUUGCAACGGAAGGUGAUUCCCAAGAAACACAAGUCAAUGAGAAAGGGCCAUUGAGUCAUGGAGAGAAAAAUGGGCAUCUCGACGAAAUGCAGGAUGGUGAUCGACAUGAUCAGAAGGAUGACACUACAAUCAAAGAGCCGUCAGUUUUGGAAGAAACUGAUCAAAAUGAAGAUCCCAAGCCUGAAGUGUCUAAGAUUGAAGAGCCCCUGAAAUCCAGCCCUGACCACGAAGAAAGUUCAUUCAGGUUUACUGAGGGGCAACAAGAGAAAGUUGCAACGGAAGGUGAUUCCCAAGAAAAACAAGUCAAUGAGAAAGGUCAAUUAGGUCAGGAACAGACAAUUGUGCAUUUCUAUGAAAAGCAGGAUCGUGAUCGACAUAAUCAGCAGGAUGACACUACAAACAAAGAGCCGUCAGUGUUGGACAAAAUUUGUCAAAGUGACGAGCCAAAGCCUGAAAUGUCUAAGACUGAAAAGCCUCUGAAAUCGAGCCCUGACCACGACCAAAGCUCACUUGAGUGUACUGCAAGGCAGCCAGAGGAAGUUGCAUCGGAAGGUCAUUACCAAGUCAAACAAGUAAUAGACAAAGGUCCAUUGACUCAUAAAAAGAAAAAUGGGCAUAUCGACGAAAUGCAGUAUCGUGAUCGACAUGAUUUAAAGGAUAACUCUACAAUCAAAGAGCCCUCAGUGUUGCACGAAACUGGGCAAAAUAAAGAGCCAAAGCCUAAAGAGCCUAUGAUUGAGGAGCCUCUGAAAUCAAGUCCUGACCAGGAAGAAAGCUCACUCGAGUAUAGUGAGGGGCAACAAGAAGAAGUUGCAACGAAAGGUGAUUCUCAAGCAAAACAAGUGAAAGAGAAAGAGCCAUUAAGUGAUGAACAAAAAAUUGUGCAUCUUGACGAAAUGCAGGAUCGUGAUCGACAUGAUCAGAAGGACGACCUUACGAAGAACGAGCCGUCAGUGUUGGACGAAACUGGGCAGAAUAAAGAGCCAAAGCCUGAAAUGUCUAUGAUUGAAGAGCCUCUGAAAUCCAGCCCUGACCGCGGAGAAAACUCACUGGAGUAUAGUGAGGGGCAACAAGAGGAAGUUUCUGCAACGGAAGGUGAUUCCCAAGAAAAACAAGUUGAAGAGAAAGGUCCACUGAGUCAUGAAGAGAAAAAUGGGAAUUUCGACGAAAUGCAGUAUCGUAGUCGACAUAAUCAAAAUGUUGACCCUACAAACAAAGAUCCGUCACUGUUCAAAGAAACUGGUCAAAAUGAAGAGCCGAAGCCCGAAGUGUCUAAGAUUGAAGAGCCUGUCAAAUCCAACCCUGACCAUGAAGAAAGCUCACUCGAGUAUACUGAGCCGCAACAAGAGGAAGUUGCAACGGAAGGUGAUUCCCAAGAAAAACGAGUUGAAGAGAAAGGUCCAUUGAGUCAUGAAGAGAAAAAUGGGAAUUUCGACGAAAUGCAGUAUCGUUAUCGACAUGAUCAGCAGGUUGAUCCUACAAUUAAGGAGCCAUCAGUGUUGGAAGAAACUGGUAAAAAUGAAGAGCCCAAGCCUGAAGUGUCUAAGAUCGAAGAGCCUCUCAAAUCCAGCCCUGACCAUGAAGAAAGCUCACUCGAUUAUACUGAGGGGCAACAAGAGGAAGUUACAACGGAAGGGGAUUCCCAAGAAAAACAAGUUAAAGAGAAAGGUCCAUUGAGUCAUGACAAGAAAAAUGGGGAAAGUAAAGAGCCAAAGCCUAAAGUGCCUAUGAUUGAAGAGCCUCUGAAAUCAAGUCCUGACCAGGAAGAAAGCUCACUCGAGUAUAGUGAGGGGAAACAAGAGGUAGUUGCAACGAAGGGUGAUUCUCAAGCAAAGCAAGUGAAAGAGAAAGAGCCAUUAAGUGAUGAACAGAAAAUUGUGCAUCUUGACGAAACGCAGGAUCGUGAUCGAUACGAUCAGAAGGAUGACCUUACGAACAACGAGCCGUCAGUGUUGGACGAAACUGAGCAAAAUAAAUGGCCAAAGCCUGAAGUGUCUAUGAUUGAAGGGCCUCUGAAAUCCAGCCCUGACCACGAAGAAAGCUCACUGGAGGAUAGUGAGGGGCAACAAGAGGAAGUUGAAACGGAAGGUUAUUCCCAAGAAAAACAAGCCAAAGAGAAAGGUCCAUUGAGUCACGAACAGACAAAUGGGCAUCUGGACGAGAUGCAGGAUCGUGAUCGACAUGAUCAGAAGGUUGUCCCUACAAACAAAGAGCCGCCAGUGUGGCAAGAAACUGGUCAAAAUGAACAGCCUAAGCCUGAAGUGUCUGAGGUUGAAGAGCCUCUGAAAUCCACCCCUAACUCACUUGAGCACCCUGAGAGGCCACAAGGAGUGGUUGCAAGUCAAGAUGAUUCUCGAGGCAAGCAAGAGCAAGAGAAGGCUCCAAUGACUCAUCAAGAGAAAUGUAUUAAUCACGAAAAAAUACAGGAUUAUGAUCGACAUGAUCAGCACGAUGACCCUAGAAACAAAAACUCAGAGCUGCAAGAAACUGGUGAAAAUGAAGAGCUUAAGCUUGAAGGGUCUAAUCUCGACGACUCUGUGAUAUCCAACUGUGACAACGAAGAAAUGUCACUUGAACAGACUGAGAGGCAACAAGUACAGGAGAAAACAGAGCUACGAGAAAAUGAGGCUAUGAAAGUUGAGAGUUUGGUGGAACAACCAGUCAGUGACCAAACAGAAAGCAUCCAAACAAUAAUUGAAGACGAUGCCGUUGUUACCGUAAAUAAUCAAGAGAUAAGUAAUUCUAAUGAGUUAAGGAUAUCUAACGGUAAGCAAACAGACAAGACAGAGCCAGUCCUUCCCAAGAACAAAAAAAACGUGGUUGCAACGCAAGAUGGUUCUCAACAGGUACAGGGGGAAGCCCUGGUGAGUCAUGGAGAGAAAGUUGUGCAUCUCAGAACCAUACAGGAUUAUGAUGGACAUGCUAUGCACGACGAUCCUUCGAACAAUGCUCAGUCAAAGUCAGUGCUGCCAGAAACUGGUGAAAGUAAACCGACGACGCUUGAAGAAUAUAACAUUGGAGAGCGACUGAAAUUAAACCCUGACUACAAAGAAAGUUCAAUCGAGUACCUUGAAAGGCGUCGAGAAGCUGCAACGCAAAAUGAUUUUGACGAAAAAAAAGUGGAAGAGAAAGUUCCACUAACUUAUGAAGAGAGAUCUCUUCAUCCUGGCGAAAUGCAGGAUCAUGAUCGACAUAUCAAGCUUGACAACUCUAAAAGUAAAGAUCAGUCAGUGUUGCAAGAAACUAGUGAAAAUGAAAAGCCCAAGCUUCAUGCCUCGAAGAUUGAAGAGCCUCUGAAAUCCUUUUCUAACAACGAAGACAGAACACUCGAAUGCCUUGAGAGGCAACAAAAGGAAGUCGCAACACGAGAUGAUUCUCCAGUUAAACAAGUACAAGAAAAAGCUCUCGUGGGUCAUAAAGACCAAGUUAUGCAUCCGGACAAAAUGCAGGAGCUCGAUCGACAAGACCAGCAAAAUGACUCUACAAGCAAAAACCAGUCCGUGUUGCAGGCAAAGGAAGAACACAAGCGUGAAGGGUUGGAGCGUAAGGAACCUCUUGAAUCCAGCUAUAACUUCGAAGAAAAGUUACUCGAAAAUCUUGAAAGGGACCAGGUGAAGAACAAAAAAAAGAUGCAAGAAGAUAACGCUGUUAACGAUGGGAGUAUUGUGGAACAAGCAGACAGUGACAAAACAGAAUGCUUGGAAACAAUAAAUGAAAAACAUGCCUUCGUUAGCCUAAAUAACCUAGUGAAUGCCAUUUCCGAUGAUGAUAACUUUCAAGAGCAGCAAGAACGAGAUAUAUCUUUCGUGGGUCAUGAAGAGAAAUUUCUUGAAGAACUGCCGAAUAGAGAUCUGAUUCAACAACACCAGUAUGGUCACCUUACAAACAAAGAUGUGACUGUGCUGCAGGGAACUAGUGAAAGUCAAGAGCCAAAGCUAAAAGCGACUAAAAUUGAAGCGCCUCUGAAAUCCACCCCUGACUGCGGAGAAUGCUCACUCGAGUAUUCUGAGAAGCAACAAGAGGAAUUUGAUUCCCAAGACAAACAAGUAAAAGAGAAAGGUCCGUCAAUGCAUGAACAGAAAAUAGUGCAUCUCGACGAAAUGCAGGAUCUUGGUCAACAUGACCAGCAGGAUGGCCCUACAAAGGAAGAGCCGUCAGUGCUGCAAGAAAUUGGUGAAAAUGAAGAGCCCAAGCUUGAAGAUGCUGAGCCUGAAGAGCUUAAGAUUGAAGAAACUCUGAGGUCUAGCUCUGACUACGAAGAAAGGUCACUCGAAAACCGUGACAGCAACCAAGUGCAGCAGCAAAAAGAGCUACAGAAAGAUGACGUUUUCGGUGAAAAUGUGGUGGAACAGGAAGUCAUUGACAAAACAGAAAGCAUCGAAACGAUGAUUGAAGAUAUUUCUUUUAGCGCAAGCAGCCGGGUGACAGGUGAUUCCGAUGAGUUUGGUAAUCCUAGCAGCAAGCAAACAAACAUGACAGACCCAAUCCUUUCCAAGUGCAAGGAAAAUAAAGUUCCACUGCAAGGUGACUGUCGAGACAGACCAGUGCAAAAAGAAGCUCCAGUGCGUCACCAGGCAAAUGUUGUGUAUCCCGAAAAAGUUGAAGUUCAUGAUGGAUGUUAUCUCCAGGAUGACCCUGCAAAUAAUAAGCAGCCAGUGGUGCAAAUAACUAAUAAAAAUGAAAAGCUCAAGCUCAAAGAGCCUAUUAAACCCAGCUUUGACAACGAAGAAUGGUCGGAACAGAGAGAGGCACCGGUAAACAAGAAAAGGAAGUCAGCGAUAAGUUUGUUGUGGUGCUGGUGUUGUGGAUAGCAGUUUCAUUUUUCAUGCAAACAUUCAGGUGUAGAUGUUUCACUUGUCAAUAUGGAAAACCAAUCACAGAUCUCGGAGACCAUAAAAUAUAGAGGGAUAUUUAAAGACAUGAAGGAAAACAAGUACAAGCAUCACAUCCACGCAAAUCUGUACAGCAACUGCCUUGCUGAAAUCUAGGACAGGCUUUUUUUUCUGAUAAUCGUAGUUAAGCUAGAACUGAACGAAGAUGGACUGAGUAGUAUUUGCGUCAUCUUAACAAGUAAAACCAGUUUCAGAGAAAAGUGCUUAUGGAAACUUAAAGAACCAGACUUAAAUGAAUCUGAGAUUUUCUCGGGACAGAAAUUUCCAAUUGACAGUUUUUUUUAAAAUAUUACUAGCCCAUUACAUCAAAAUUAAGAUCAACAAGGGGUGCUUUUGGUGUAUGAGACAAGUGAAAACUCCUUUCUGUUCUUUGUGACAAUUUCUUCUAUUCAGUUUGAGGCGUAGAGGCAAAGGGGGAGGGUGCUUUAUUUCGUUUUUAUCAGCUCGUGAAGAAAAUAAUUAUUCUAAAACUCGAAGCGCUUUUAAAAGAGAGAGAUGCUUUAUUCGGAUUUGUCCCGCAGGUGAGAAAUUGA